AAAUCCCUGGUCUCUCGCCAGUGCUGUUAUGCAGUCUCGAGAAGUCACAACGAAGUGCUAAGACUUUUGCAUAUUCUCUAAAAUAAAAACAAUUAUGGUCCAGAUUCUAUUAAUUUUUCCGUUAUUAUUAUGGAAUUUUGGAUUAUCCGGGGGUACAUACACUCCACCUCAAGCUAGAGUAGAGCCUCUCUAUCCAAAAGGAAUAAGGAUAUCAAUUCCAGAUGAGCAAGGAAUAACACUAGUUGCCUUCCACGUUCGAAUCAAUGAAGAAUUCGAAGGAUUAGAAGCUGGUACUAUUGCAGUAGACGUAUUGAGAGUGCGAAAUGGCCGUUGGAAAUACGAGGAUCGAACAACAAAAUUGAAAUUAGGAGAUAAAGUUUACUAUUGGGUGCACGUUGUGUACGAAGGUCUUGGCUACAAUCUUCUGUUCCAAGAGCACGAGGUCACUGAUUUCUAUGACGUCAGUGGUAAUAGAGUCAAUGUUAAUGGUGAUCCGAUAUCCUCGGGAGCGGAUAAUCCUAAUUGUCAGAUUUCACCGACUUUAGUCGUAGAUAUAUCUACGGGCAAGCGAAAUGCUGUCUGUGCUGGACAACUUUUAUUCGAGGAUGAAUUCAGCACCUUCAAUGACACAAUAUGGAAGACAAUUGAACAGUUUUCACGUGCUCCUGAUUACCCCUUUGUCAUUUAUCGAAAUGAUAUGAGAAACGUGAAAGUUGGGGCUGGAGAACUUCAAUUAACACCGACGCUUAUGGAAAAGGAAUAUGGAAAGGACUUCAUUGAACAUGGGAGUCUGACACUUCCGAAAUGCACAGCAAAGGUGGACACACCUGAAUGCACUCGUACUGCAUUUGGCAGCUACAUAUUGCCACCAGUGGCGUCUGGUUGUGUGAAUACAAGGAAUUCGUUUGCCUUCAUGUACGGAAAAAUUGAUGUACGUGCAAAAUUACCGAAGGGUGACUGGAUAUAUCCGGUUAUGACUUUAGAACCGUUGGAUAACGACCCAAAUGCACCGGACACGAUUCAACAGUUGAGAAUUGCCGAAUCGGCGGGUAAUGAACAGCUGCAGGUCAUUGGUGGAUCUGAUAUCAGUGGUCAUGUCAUUUAUGGCGGUCCCAUCGCACAUUUGACUGCUGCCAGUACUGGACCCGCUGAACGUGCGAGGAGAUAUUCACCGGAGGCUUGGUCCGAUUCGUUUCACACGUAUACUCUGGAGUGGCGAAAAAACAGAGUUGUCGUUAAAGUUGAUGAUGUGGAAUAUGGAAGUGCUACGAUUGAUGCCAAUUUUGAUAAACCGUUUUACAUAACUCUAGCGGUUGGAGCUGGUGGUUCCACGGAGUUCCCAGAUCAGACCAGCAGUGGGUUGAAUCAGAAACCUUGGAGAAAUGUUGCGUCUAAGGCUUUAUUCGAUUACUACAAUUCCACUCCAGUUUGGUCAGCAACAUGGCGAAAUACGGAUAGGGAUUUGAGAAUUGAUUAUGUCAAAGUUUGGGCUUUAUAAUCAUCACCAGACAUUCAUUUUCUCACAUUUUUGUCCGAGGGGAAGAUCCCGUUAAUAUGGACGCCCGAGAGUAAAAUGAUUGUUACGAAAAAAGGGGGGGGGGAGGUUUAAAAAUCGGGAAUUACAGAAUAUUAAUAAUACCAAAUUUUUAAAACGAAAUGCGUGCAAGAUAGACUUGUAAAAAUAAAAAUAUAAUAAUAUUGUAUUGUAUUGAUUAUCCACUUGCAAAUGAAUGAAUCAAGAAUAAUGUAUGAAGUAAUUAACAAUAAUGAAUGGUUAGUGUUGUCUGAUCAUGGAA